AUGCCAGUACAGGCGUCUCAAAUUGCCGUGUUUCUCUUUUUCGCAGCCUCGUUGCUCCCUGAUCCCGAUACCCCGUAUGUUCCUUCGGUCAUCAAUGCAUGCACUUGGCUAGUUGCAUUGGUCUUCGAAACAUGCCUUGCAAUAGUGCAAGCUUUCCAUUUAAUACUGCUUAUGAACAGCAAUUCUCUCGACGGAAAAACGCGUGCCCCAAAAAUCACGCUGCUUCUAUUAGCUUACGCUCGUGUAAUAUGCUUCUCAGGAGCCGGUAUAUUGUUUUACUUGCCCAUAAAACCAUCCAAAGGCCCAUUAACCGAGAACGCCCUCUCCUUCGUCGCCUGCCACUCGGGUGGAUACGCAGUCAACGAAUUGGUUGGAUUACCUAGUGGGAUUGGGACAGCUCCUACCACGGAUUUGUCAAUCAGGCCAUCUGAUACAUUAUCUUUGCAGAUUCGUGCACUCGUUUGCGUUCUGAUAUUGAUCGCUCAGCGCGUGGUAAAUGUUCUUGUUCCCUUCCAACUCGGUCAGGUCAUGACCAAGCUGGGGUCUGGAUACAUACCAUAUAAGGAGCUCUUCAUCUAUAUCAUCUGCCGAGCCGUCCAAGGGCAGCAGUGUGUGCUAGCAUCCAUCAGGGCAUUGCUAUGGAUUCCAAUUGGGCAAGCCACUUGCCGUCAUCUCACCCAAUCCGCCCUCGAACAUGUAAUGUCUCUGUCUCUUGAAUUUCACCUUGGCAAGCGACUCGGAGAGCUGUUCCCCAUGGUGGCUGACGUCGGGGUUGCAGCCAUGUAUUCUCUCGUCAAAUUUGACCCUUUUUAUUCUCUCAUCAUCUUGACAAUGGGUGGCGCAUACUUGUUUGUGACCAUCUAUAUGGCUAAAUACAGAGGUCGAGCUCGGCGCGAAAUGGUCAAUCGGGACCGAGAAAUGGAUGCAAUCAAGUACAACCGACGCCAUCAUGCUGAACAAUCUCGAUUUGCGAGUCGGGUUGCCAAGUUCCAAAUAGCCGAGUUUUCCGUUCUUUUCUCCCUGAAUAUGUUAAAUGCCGUGCAGAACCUUAUCUUCACUCUCGGAGUGGCGGUGGUCAGUCUUCUGUCUGCGUAUAAUAUCUCCAGCGGGGCCGAGGAUGUGGCCUUGUCCGUCUCGUUGAUUGCGUAUCUUGCUCAACUCCAGGCACCACUAGGAUUUUUUGGGAGCUUCUACACUCAAAUUCAAAAUAACUUGAUUGGUGCGGAGCGCAUGUUGGUUUCGUUCGAGGAAAAACCAUCGGUGAUUGACAAGCCAACAGCAUACGAUUUACACCAUUGCAAAGGUCACAUCAAAUUUGAAAAGGUUUCAUUCGCAUACGAUCCCCGGCAACAGGCGCUCUACGAUAUCAGCCUAGAUAUUCUACCUGGCACUUCUAUUGCCAUUGUUGGAGAGAGUGGGAGCGGCAAGUCCACUUUGCUGCGGUUGCUGUUUCGCUUCUAUAAUGUCGAUUCUGGUAAGAUCUUGAUUGAUGGAAUUAACACAGAGGAUAUCACAAUUCGAAGUCUGCGGGACCAUUUCGGUGUGGUACCGCAAGAGACUAUGCUCUUCAACGAUCCUCUAAUGUAUAAUUUACUUUACGCCAAUCCCACCGCGUCUGAAGAAGACGUAUACAACGCUUGCAAGGCCGCUAGUGUCCAUGAAAAGGUUAUGGCUCUACCAGAUGGAUAUGAGACCCAAGUUGGGGAACGCGGACUGCGUCUCUCAGGGGGAGAGAAACAAAGGAUUGCCAUUGCCCGAGCUAUCUUAAAAUCACCCACGAUGAUUCUGAUGGAUGAAGUUACCGCGUCGCUGGAUUCAGCCACUGAAAUGGCCAUCCAAACGUCACUUGCUAAGAUUAAUGAGGGAAGAACCAGUAUCACAAUAGCGCAUCGGCUAUCCACAAUUGUUCACUGCGAUCAGAUAGUUUUUCUCCACGAUGGACGUAUUAUAGAGCAAGGAACUCAUGUGCAGCUACUAUCGCAGAACGGGCAAUACAAGAAAAAGUGGGACAAGCAGACGCAAGACAUAGAUCAACAGCCAUAAUAUCCUUCUUCUUUUGUUCUAUUAAUAGGUAGCAAAUUUUGAGAGAAAGAAUAAUUUAUUUUGAAGAUAUUGUAGGC